AUGCUCAGUCAACUUCGACGAGGACAUCAUCGCGAAUUCAAUGAUGGAUCAAUGGCCAUACGUACAAUGAAUCAUCAUGGAGAUCAUUGGAAAUCAUCAGAUCGAGCCAAUGCAGCGAUUUUAAACAAUAACAAUAUCUUACCCAGCACAUAUUCAACACGUUCAAGUUCUUCAAUCUACAAUCCCGAUUUAGCGCGAGCAUUUCGUGUUGAUGCUCAUCUCUUAGCCAUCAUUCGAAUCGAAGAUAAACGCAAUAGUUACUACUCGACUGAAGUUGUCAGUAAACUACGUCAAAAGGAACAAACACAAAGUUUUAUUAACAAACCAUGUUCAUUAUUUGUCACCGAUCGCGCACUUGUCAUCUAUGAUCGAGCAAGAAAUACUAUUGCAGAAAGCAUUCCGUUGGAAACUGUGGAUCCGACAUGUGUCUAUGCAGAUGCACCAGAUCCACUUAAUGAUAUCUUUAUGUAUCGUGUCCAUGAUCGACAUUCUGCUACAACAUCCAGUUCCAAGAAUAAUGAAUUAACACCUGUUAUUGUAUUUAAAUGUACAAAUAAAGAUUCGAAGGCUCUUGUUGACAACAUUCGAAAUACGAAUGCCAAGCUGUUAAGAAGUCCACGCAGUGCACGUUCAGAAACGCGUAGUACAAUCGAUCGACGAAUAGCCGAUGCUGGCGGAAUGGCAUCCUAUGAUCCACUACAGUUACCAUAUGACCAAUCUGCUAUGAUGAAUCCAACGUAUGUUGUUGGUCCUCAGCACACAUCACGAACAAUGAGUCAACAGAAUUCCAGCAUAAUCUCCGCGGAUUAUUAUAAACGUUUGACAAGUGAAUUGAAUAAGUGCUUUGAUGAUAUUGAAUUAUUUGUACGUUAUCUGGAAGCGUUAAUGGAGUACACACGAGAAUUGGAUCGUGAUCAUCGACGAAAAGAGAAAAAAUCAACUGCCGGUUUAAAACAAAUGGUUGAAAAACUUCCGGAUGAUAAAUUUUUCAUUGAUGUUUUACAAAAAUUCAAACAUUCAUUUAAUCUCCUAGGCGAAUUAAAGCAUAUCAUCCACAAACCGAAUGCACCCGAAUUAGUUCAUUAUUUAUUAUCACCGUUGCAUUUCAUUGUUUCCACAUUACGCACUAAACAUCCGACUCAGUUGCAAAUCGCUCAAGAUGUAUGGUCACCAGCAUUAACGAAAGAAACGCGAGAACUGUUAAUCAAUUGUCUGACGUCAAAAGAACAGGAGAUUCUAAGAAAUCUAGGUCCAGCAUGGAUUCGAUCUAGUGAAGAAACGCCACAGAAAUAUGCUGAUUAUCGACCAAUGUUUUUCGAAGGUCGAUCCUUGUGGAUUCAAGAGCCAUCCAAUGAUCAACCAAUACAUUCAACACAUAGUCUUGAUGAACGCCAAUCCUCAUCCGUUUGGUCUCCAGUUCGCCCAUCCAAUUCUAAUAACGGUACAUUAACAAACCAUAAUUCAACACUUGUUCGACAGCCAUCACCCGCAACACAUUUUGAAACAUCAACUAUCGAUCGAUCAGUAAAGAAUGGUGCAGGAGAAAAUUAUAAUUCCAAUUUUCAGAAUGAACAUGCUUGGGCUAUCGAACGAAAACGUGCAGGCGCAAAAAUUUACGCAGUGCGAGCUGAUCGUAAAGGACAAAACAAUAAAGAAUUGACUGUACGACGUGGUGAACUCAUUGAAAUUGAAACCAGUUCAAAGAAAUGGUGGCGUGCGAAGAACUUUCACGGCGAUGUUGGUCAUGUACCUCAUAAUAUUGUCGAAGAAAUUGACAUCGAGCAACGCAUAUCUAAACCUGUUCCAUCGAAUUCAUCAGCUUACAUCCCGCGUGUAACAAAUGCAUCGUACGAAGGAUUUAACGAUACUAUGCAAAGUCAUCAUCGUAAUCGAAACGAUUAUACACAAGUUCUCUUUCGUUCACCUUCCCAUGGAAAUAAUUUCAUUAUGCAAUCGAAUCAUAGUUCGACUACAAAUCCAUUGUUUGUCGAUGAUCAGUUAUUUCAGCAAACAUUGACACAAACAACUUCGUCAACAAUACCGCCGCCUCCAUCAGCGUUCGUUCCACCGCCACCACCGCCCAUGCCGGAACAGUUCUUAACUCUGCGGUCUAAUCCAUGGUCGACAUUACAAUUACCGAAAGGUACGGGCAAAACGCGACCUCGUCUAGAUAUUGAUCUCUCUACAACACAAGUUGAUGAACUUCAACGAGAAUUAGCUGAACGCAUAACAGAUCGAGUUGGUUAUAUUAGUCCGAAUUCAUCUGCUGAAGAUGUUCAUCGAUGGUUAGAAUCGAAGCAAGUGUCUACACAACUUAUUCAUAGGUUAAAAGGCAUGAACGGAGAACGAAUAUUUCAACUAUCCAAGGACACUCUCAGCACGUUUACAGAUGAAAUUGAAUCUGCUCGGAUCUAUGCGUUAUUAUUGCAGCAGAAACAAUUAUCGGGUUUUCAAUCCGCAGACAAGUCUGAAAGAUCGCCUACGUUUAACAGUACUAUCUUCGGUUCUCUUCGAGCAAGUACAAUGAGAGAUGUCGAUGACAGUUUUUCGUUCCGAGAUGACGAUACAUUGAAUCGUUCGCUGAGAAUCAAAUUAAAACAACGACGUGACAAAAUUGAACAAGCCGAACCAGUUAAUCAACUUACAACAUAA